UUUCUGCAUAGCAUGCGCUUGAUUUCCUAUUUGAAUCUUGGCUUGUUGAUUAAUGGUUAUAGAAAACAGUAUUCAUGUUCUGGUACGGCUUUGAAAUGUGCUCUAAUAUUCUUGAACCCUGAUUGUUUAGAGUUAUUUGGGAGAUCAUUCUAUGUUGUCCUGUGUCUGAGAGGCUGCUUAAGAAAAGUGAUUUUUUUAACUACAUAUUUGUAACUAGUUCAGGACUUGGGAACUCACCAUCUUAGGGCUAUACAAUAUGAAGCUGCUUAAAGUUGCAAAUAGGUUGAGGCCCAAAGCACCUCUUAUACCUUAUGCACCUUAUUCUCAGCCAAGAGUAAUGAAUAUGAAAAGCCAUGAACUUGAGACCUUGAUUCUAAACCAAGACCAAUUUACUUGAGCCUCUUGAUUCAAAGCUUUUUUCAGAGGCUUGCCCUGCGUCUGUAUGAAUUACAAUUUUCCGAAAGAGCAGGACCUGGAGUCUUGCUCCUUGUGAUAUCUUGGAAUUCAUUCCUGCGAAUUCCCAAUAAGAGGAUCGUAGUUGGAUGGUCUUGCUCUAAUUGCUAGUAAUAUUUCUACUCAAGGGAAAUGGAAUAUUUCUUGGUUUUUCAUAUUUAAAAGCAGAGAGAUUGUAGUUCCACUUCGAUGACAGGGAUCUAAAUCAAUGCCCUUCUUUGAUAGUAACUCAAUUCCAAUUAGUUGAUUAUGGAGAUGUGGCCUACUGGCUUAAGUGGAGACAAGGUAUCUAACAAAACCCUCUUUGAUCAAGCUACUGGCAUCCAUCUAAAGAUGCUAGUUGAUCAGGACAAGGAAUAUAUUCCACACUUUCGGCCCACCCCUAGGUUCAUCACUUUCUGAUCGUUUUUGUUCACUUUUAGGUAUUUGUACCUAUGACCUCUGGGCUUCGUAGCUAAGGAGUUGUGCAUUUGGACGGCUAGAAAAGCUCUGAAUUGGGCUGACCAAAACCUAAGCUAAUUCCAGUUUGACGGGGCCUUAUUGCCAUUAAAGCCUUGAAGGAACAUGAACUCUUUACGCUGUUUCCACCCCUACCAAUGCUACUUUGCGUACAAAUGCAGCGGUGUUGAUUCCCCCAUCCUCCAAUUACCAUUGCACCCUUCGUUUAGGAGGAAGAAAAAAAAAGGGUUAAUCUCUUCCCUUUGGGCUAAUGGCAAAUAAACGAGGGCAUUGUAGUCAUCUGGUGGGAACCCAGGAGCCAGUCCAAUGUCAUCUUUCCCUUUUUGGUUGCUUAGCCCACAUGAUAUGCUCUUUUAUGGCAUAUUCAUGUUCCUUAUAUUUUCAUGCCAUGGUGACACUGGAGAAGAAGGGAACCUUGUGAGUAUUGAGAGAGCCAAUGGAAGAACAAGUUGAUUUGGUCGGGAAGGCUUUCGUGGAUCAUUACUACCAUCUUUUCGACAAUGAUCGACCUGCACUCUCUUCUCUCUACCAGCCUACCUCCAUGUUGACGUUCGAGGGUCAGAAGAUACAAGGGGUUGAUGACAUCGCUGCCAAGCUCAAUCAGUUGCCAUUCGAUCAAUGCCGACAUGAGAUCAGCACCAUCGAUUCACAACCUUGUUCUUUCACCGGUGGCAUUGUGGUUUUUGUCAGUGGCAGCCUCCAAUUGCCGGGCGAGGAGCACCAUUUACGGUUCAGCCAGAUGUUUCAUUUGAUCCCCAUGCUUCAAGGAAGCUUCUUCGUGCAGAACGACAUAUUCCGCCUUAAUUAUGGUUGAAUUCAUUUCGCUUUCCCCCAUUCAAUCAUUUGUAUUGUAAACUCAUCUCGAUCACCAAUGAUUUCUUGAAUAAAAAGAAAACCCAAGUUACCUUGCCUCGCACCUCGUUCAUUCUCCAACUCCUUUUCUGUGAUAGAGUAGCAGCAGUCUGCUGUCAUCAAGCCUGCCUACUGAUACUAUUUCAUUCACCAGGAAUCCUCCUGAAUCCCUUUGUAUAUAUAACCAGAACAGUUACGAAACAUGUACUAAAAUUGGCUCCUGGAAGCUUUGAAAGCUCCUUGGGCCAUUGUUUAAAUCAAUUGUUCCUUUACGCCAA